AUGGAGGGCGCAGGGCCCCGGGGGGCCGGGCCGGUGCGGCGCCGGGGAGCCGGGGGGCCGUCGCUGCUGCUGCUGCUGCUCUGGCUGCUGCCCGGCCCCGCGGCGCCCCAGGAGCUGAGCCCGCGCGGCCGCAACGUGUGCCGCGCACCCGGUUCCCAGGAGCUCACGUGCUGCGCCGGCUGGAGGCAGCAGGGGGACGAGUGUGGGAUCGCUGUGUGCGAAGGCAACUCCACGUGCUCGGAGAACGAGGUGUGCGUGCGACCCGGCGAAUGCCGCUGCCGCCACGGUUACUUCGGGGCCAACUGCGACACCAAGUGCCCGCGGCAGUUCUGGGGUCCCGACUGCAAGGAGCUGUGCGUCUGCCACCCGCACGGGCAGUGCGAGGACGUGACGGGCCAGUGUACUUGUCACGCGCGGCGCUGGGGCGCACGCUGCGAGCAUGCGUGCCAGUGCCAGCACGGCGCGUGCCACCCGCGGAGCGGCGCGUGUCGCUGCGAGCCCGGCUGGUGGGGCCCGCAGUGCGCCAGCGCGUGCUACUGCAGCGCCACGUCGCGCUGCGACCCGCAGACGGGCGCGUGCCUGUGCCACGCGGGCUGGUGGGGCCGCAGCUGCAACAACCAGUGUGCCUGCAACACGUCGCCGUGCGAGCAGCAGAGCGGCCGCUGCCAGUGCCGGGAGCGCACGUUCGGCGCGCGCUGCGAGCGCUAUUGCCAGUGCUUCCGCGGCCGCUGCCACCCGGUGGACGGCACGUGCGCGUGCGAGCCCGGCUACAGGGGCAAGUACUGCCGGGAGCCGUGCCCCGCCGGCUUCUACGGCCUGGGCUGCCGCCGCCGAUGCGGCCAGUGCAAGGGCCAGCAGCCGUGCACCGUGGCCGAGGGUCGCUGCCUGACGUGCGAGCCCGGCUGGAACGGCACCAAGUGCGACCAGCCGUGCGCCGCCGGCUUCUACGGCGAGGGCUGCGGCCGCCGGUGCCCGCCGUGUCGCGACGGGCACGCCUGCAACCACGUGACCGGCAAGUGCACGCGCUGCAACGCGGGCUGGAUCGGCGACCGGUGUGAGACCAGGUGCAGCAAUGGCACGUACGGCGAGGACUGCGCGUUCGUGUGCGCCGACUGCGGGAGCGGCCACUGCGACUUCCGGUCCGGACGAUGCCUCUGCGGCCCGGGCGUCCACGGGCCCCACUGUAACCUGACGUGCCCGCCCGGGCUCCACGGCGUGGACUGCGCCCAGGCCUGCAGCUGCCACGAGGACUCGUGCGACCCGGUCACCGGUGCCUGCCGCCUGGAGACCAACCAGCGUAAGGGCGUGAUGGGCGCGGGGGCGCUGCUCGCCCUGCUCCUCGGCCUGCUACUCUCGCUGCUCGGCUGCUGCUGCGCCUGCCGCGGCAAGGACCCAGCGCGCGGGGAGCUCUCGCUGGGGAGGAAGAAGGCGCCGCAGCGCCUGUGCGGACGCUUCAGUCGUAUCAGCAUGAAGCUUCCCCGGAUCCCGCUCCGCAGGCAGAAGCUGCCCAAGGUCGUAGUGGCCCAUCACGACCUGGACAACACACUCAACUGCAGCUUCCUGGACCCGCCCUCGGGGCUCGAGCAGCCCUCACCAUCGUGGUCUUCCCGGGCCUCCUUCUCCUCCUUCGAUACCACAGAUGAAGGCCCCGUAUACUGCGUACCCCACGAGGAGGCGGCCGCCGAGAGCCGGGAUUCGGAGGUCCCCGCCGCGGCGCCAGUGACCACGCCCGCGGAGGAGGCGGCGCCCCUCCCCGCGUCCUCCGACAGCGAGCGUUCCGCAUGCAGCGGUGACGGGCCCGGAGGGGCGCUGUAUGCGCGCGUGGCCCGGCGCGAGGCCCGGCCGGCCCGGGUCCAAGACGAGGCCCGAGGUCUGUCGCUUUCGCCAUCGCCCGAGCGCCGGAAGCCGCCACCACCCGACCCUGCCACCAAACCCAAGGUGUCCUGGAUCCAUGGCAAGCACGGUGCCGGUGCCGCCGCAGCCACCCGUGCGCCCUCGCCUCCACCCGCGGGCCCCGGGGCCGCCCCCAGCCCCAGCAAGAGGAAACGGACGCCCAGCGACACGUCGGCGCGGCCCCCCGGGCUGGCGGAGGAGGGGCCGGCCCUCGCGGCACCCUCCCCGCCUCGGGCUCGGGCUCGGGGCCGCGGCCCGGGCCUCCCAGAGCCCACGGACGCUGGCGGGCCCCCGCGCAGCGCUCCCGAGGCCGCCUCCAUGCUGGCCGCCGAGCUGCGCGACAAGACUCGCAGCCUGGGCCGUGCCGAGGGGCCCCCGGGCAUGCAGGGUCCCCGAGAGAAGCCGGCGCCUCCGCAGAAGGCCAAGCGCUCCGUGCCUCCUUCCUCACCGGCCCGUUCGCCCCCUGCGCCUGAGGCCCCGGGGCCCGAAAAGGCGGCAGCCGGCACGCCCGGAUCCGACACUCCUCGAAAGAAAACCCCCAUUCAGAAGCCGCCCCGCAAGAAGAGCCGGGAGCUGGCGGGCGAGCCGGGCCGGGCGGGCGCGCCCACGCUGUAG